UUCUUCGAUAGAUUACGUACCCUUUACCCUUCCUCUGGAUCCUUGCUCUGCAUGCUCUGGAUCUGAAGCCCUUUGUUUAGCCCGAACCUCGGUGUUUACGUUCUUACAAUUCGCGUGAAAUACAGAAAUAUAUACAUCUUCGGAAAUGUACCGGCAAUUCUAUUCGUGUUUACAAAUACUGGACGUUCUGUCCUCUGACUAUUUGAAGAUCGAGUACAUCUCUCGUUGGACUAACUUGCACAAAUAUCCGUAUCAUUUUCAUCCAAACUUUCGUUGAUUAUCCAGUCAAUGUUUGAUGGAAACUUUGCCUCAGUUAAAAGUGCGUAGAGAAAUAAAUUUUGGAUGGUGUCACAACAGGAAAGAAACGUAAACUUUUCCUAGUGGAACAGUUUGAGUGAAAUAUUCAAAUAAGCCCUAUUGCAGUUCUCUAUUCCAUGGAGAAUAGAAAAAUGUCAAAUGGCAAAGCUAUACCAUACUAGAAGCCAUAAGGAUGUGGGUUUUUCCUCCAAAAAUAUUAAAUUUGAAACAAGUCCUGCAAGGAGUUUUGGAAAGUUGAGCACAGAUUCCAGAGAGAAAACCCAAAUAUUCAACGGAAAGAAACCCAUGAAUCUACGAUGCAAUCACAACAGAGCUUGAUUUGCAAAGUCGAAGAUAUUACCAAGUCGAUUGACCGGGAAUAUCCCAAUCCCAAUAACCGUUCUCCAGAGUCAGUGCUUUUGGAAUGGCAAUCAGGAGAAUUAUCAUGUUGCCAAGAUCUAAGCCCAAAAAUAGUAUCAAGGAUGCCAAAGGUACGACUGAAUUUGGAUCUCCCUGAACCAACCUUGGAUGAAAAUGACUCGGAUCGCACAAAUUCAAUAACAGAGAAAAAAGAACAGGUUUUCCAAAUGCCUGAAAAGGAAUUCCAGACUUUGGAAAAUACGAAAUUAAAGAGUGAGAUCAUCAACAAUUAUGCGCUGGAUAAAACAAUUUCUAUUGAAAGAGUUUUUGAUAUAACUCUAGAAAAGACAAAGGAGCUUCCUAAAGAAGCUUCUGCACUUUGUGUCACCCCAAAAAAUGAUGUUUUCCAUUGCGAAGAAGCAUUUCUGGGUUUUGAAGCUUCGAGUGAUUCUGUAUCAUUAGAACUGCCAUUAAAUUGUUCCAUGGAGUUUGCAGAGGAAGCUUUUCCCCCUAAACAAUCUGAGACGAAAGAUUAUUUCAAAACACCAGAAAUUCUAUCUGAAAGAACUGGAAAAAAUUGUAGGAUUUCUGCGUCAAGUGUCGACGAAGAUGCUUUAGCAAAACAUUUCCAGUACACUGACUUUCCUCGCUACAGACCCAUUGUGUCUUCUAUGAAAAGAAAAGAAAUUUUGAGCACUUGCUCACAAACGAAGAAUGGAAAGUCUGAAAAAGAAAAUAUGAAAACAACCAAACGUAAAUGUUCCGACAAUUCAAAUCCACAUGGGGACAAAUCUGCUGAUCUCUUUUCCUCGGAAUCACCACCGAUCAAAAGAAAUCGGCCUGCUCGGAAACUCGAAGAAUUUGAAGGACCUCGACUGAUACCUCAACCCGCUAAAAUUCAUAAACCUCUUGCUGCUUCAACGCUUUGUCUAAAUGAUGAAAACUCCCUUGAGAAUGCAAAAAAUCUCUGGGACGAACUAUCAGAAAAUCUUUUGUCGGCUGAAUCAGCAUUGAAUUUGGACUAUAAAAUGGUGAAAACAGAAUCGUAUGUGAGGAUGGACAAGACAACGGAUAAAAAUGAAUUUACGAAAAACGCUCUUUCAUCAAGUGGAGAUACGAAAACUUUAUACGCAAAGCUCACUGCAUUUUAUCAAUGGAUUACGAAAAAAAUUAUACUUAUUCUGCAAAAGAGCUACGAGGCAAUUCGUUCUAUUCUCGUUUCGUCUUUAACAUCAUCUCACUCGAACUUGGCAUCACAACCGGACAAAGAAUUGACGCAAGUUAUGUCAGCGAUACGUUCAGAAAACGAGCGUAUACUCUCGAUUCUUGUCGAGAAAGUCAAUCACCUGUCGAACGAACUUGUUCAGGUUCGUCUCAGCAACGAGACAAAUUUGGAAUCGCUGAGGACCGAAAUAAGAGAGCUGAGAGGUUUGAGCAGCAAACUUGCGGACAACAACGAAGUAUUAACGAAGGAGUUUACAAGUUUCGUUGAGGGACGUGACAAAUCGACACCGAUAACGAGUACCAAAUUUGCACCGAUGUUUGCACCUCCACCUCCACCUCCUCCACCGCCGCCUCCUCCUCCACCGCCACUACCAUCUUCCAAACCGAACAUCCCAACAACGCCGAACAGCAGCAGGAAAAAAGCGAUUCGUACUCCAACAAGGAAGUGCUCGACACCUUUAUCCAAUAGCAGGCCACCAAUUACGGUUGAGGAUCUUCUCAAAGUAACACUUAAAAAAGCUCCUCAGAAUAACAAGGAAAAUAUAAAACCAUCUAUGAGGGCGCUGCAAGGGCCCGUAGUUUCAUUGGACAUGCUUCGAAACGUGAAAUUGAAGUCCACGAGGAGAGUAUCGAACGACCAAGGUUCAAGGUCGCCGAGGCGAGCGCACUCUCUGAAGAAUCGUCCGAUACCAAGUAUGAGUAUUUCCCCGAUAAUGGCGGGUGGAACGGUGAGUCCUCUGAGUAGAAUUUUGCGACAAGUAGAGAGUAAUCCAAGGAGAGCAUCGAAGAGAAGAUUACCAAGUCCGACGAGAAGCGAGAACAACGUGACACGAGAAUAUCCAUGGGCAAAUGAGGAGCCGAGGCACAAAGUGUCGCGUUCUAUAAUCGCAUAAUUUCAUUAUCCUUGGAAGUAAAUUUUGCUGGUGGAUGGAUCGAUGCCGAACGGUCGUACUAAAAAAAAAGUCAAGAGCUGGUGAUAGAGAUAAAAAUACAAAUAUACGUGGGAAUUGAAAAAAACGAUAACCAGCGUAAUAAGUCAGCGCUUCGGUUGUUACCAGUCUCCAAGACGGAAAAGAUUCAUGGGAGAUUCUAUAUUUGUACAUUAACAAGAAUUAUUUAUUUCAUACUUGUUCUUUAUUCUUUUAUGUCACGAAUGAAAGUUUGACUAUUAUUUUACUCUGAGCUGGUACGACGGGUCAUGACUUAUUAAUAAAUUCGAAAAAUGAUGAAAAAAUACCUGAAAAUCAUUAUAUAUUUAUAUAUUCUGUCGACAAUAAAAGAACACUGACACGCCAAACACGA